CUGGACGGGGACGACGACAGCAGCGACUACUCCCCCAGCAGCCAAUCAGAGGCCAGCCAGCUGUCGGAGGCGGAGCUCCCUGAGGAGGAAGAGGAGGAGGAGGAGGAGGAGGAGGUGGCGGCGGCCUGCUGGGGCCCCGCUCCUCCCUUCCCUCCGGACUCCGCCUGCUCCUCCACGGUGCAGGUGUGCAGGAAGCCGCCCCCCCUGAUCCGGCCCCCCCGCUGCCUGCGCAGGAACUCCUCCCAGGUGUUUGUAGGGGACGCCCCCCCCAGCAGCUGCCAGCGGAGGAGGAGGAGGGUGUCCACCAUCUCCAAGGCGGGGAGCCCCUGGCCGGGGCGGGGCCCCCCCUUGUCCGGCCGCAGGACCUCGGUGUACCACCUGAGCCAGCCGGCCCUCUACAGGGGCCACGGGGCCCUCAGCCCCCUGGGGGCCGCCGCCUACGACGGCCGGCUGGAGAGCCUGAGCGCCUUCCUGCUGAAGGCCAUAGCGAAGUCGGGCCUGCAGCCGGCCGGCGGCCAACCCGGCGAGGCCCCGUCCGGCCAGAGCGACCUGCAGCUGGACGGCACCGUGGACUGGACGGAAAACGCCCAGUACGGGGACCACAUCUGGUUCGAGGCCAGCGUCUCUGGAGACUUCUGCUACGUCGGGGAGCAGUACUGCAUCGCCAAGUCCCUGCAAAAGUCUGUGCCGAGGAAGAAAUGUGCAGGCUGUAAGAUAUCGGUGCACGUCAUGUGUAUGGAGCAGCUGGAGAAGAUUAACUUCAGGUGCAAGCCGUCCUUCAGGGAGCCGGCGAGUCGGGCCAUCCGGGAGUCCAACGUGGUCCGACACCACUGGGUCCACAGGAGGCGCCAGACGGGGAAGUGCCGACAGUGUGGGAAGGGCUUCCAGCAGAAGUUCUCAUUCCAUAGCAAAGAGAUCGUCGCCAUCAGCUGCUCCUGGUGCAAGCAGGCGGACGGCGUCUCAGGACGUCGUCUCCUCUCAGGACAGCGUCCCCUCUCAGAGGCCAACGUGUCGUCUCAGGACAGCGUCUCCUCUCAGGACAGCAUCUCCUCUCAGGACAGCAUCUCCUCUCAGGACAGCAUCUCCUCUCAGAGGACCGCGUCUCCUUUCUGGACAACGUCUUCUCUCAGGACAGUGUCUCCUCUCAGAGAACAACGUCUCUGCUGGACAUGUCCACCUCAGUCUUCUCUAGAGGCUGUCCUGGUGUCUCUGGUGACCCGUCCGGCUCAGAGCUGCAGGCCGACCCUCUGA